GUCUAGAAAGACUUAUAAAUCAUUUUUUUUUUAACUUCUUAUCUUUGAUUAAACUUGUGUUCUCUAGUGGACCUUGGGUGUUUAUUACGUACCAUUUAAAAAAAAAAUAAAAAUAAAAUCGAGCGAUAAUCAUAUAUUAAUAAAAAGAUAAGAAUGGAUAACUAACAAAUUAUUCCAAAAGAUUACAACCAAACUAAAGCUGAAAUUAUAACAAUCCUCCAUACCACUAGUGAAGAACAUAUCAUCCCAAAUUUUGAAAAAUUAUAUGAACCUCUAAUCGCUAGAAACUACUGUUAAUAUGAUCUAAAAUUACACUUUCUUUAUUAAUCUCCGGACUGUAAACUUCAGAUCUGCACCACAUGCUUCCUUCCUUCCAGCACGGGUUAUAAACUUCACGGGCUAUGAUCUAAACUUACACGCCCUUUCCCCCGUCACCUUUCCCCCGUCAAUUUUGAGUGUCAUAAAACUAAAAAGUCAGUAGAUAGACUCUCAUGGACCUUAUUUUACACAUAAAAAAUGGUAGGAUGACAUGAGAACUUAGUAUUAUAACAUACACAUAUGGCAAAAAAUUAUUAAUUAAUAAAAAUGGGAACCACCUAGCCCUGCAAAUCACCUCAUGAGAGCAGCCACGUAAUCCAAACAUCCGAAUUAUACAAGCUAGUGUAUCCUACAAGUUAUACUAACCGAACUUGUUGUUAUUUGACAGAUUUUAGUUACUUUCUCGGUCAUAAUUUCUGGUCCACAUCCUACAUUAUUUUUAACUCCACGCUUGAUUUCUUUAAUCAAACCGUUAUACUACUAAGUACUAACUGUCCUUCGAGUUUGACAACUCAACAUGACUAAAGGUAUCCCACAAAUCAAUUAUGGCAUUCUCUCCCGAAAAAUAAUCUAGUACAUAUUUGAAAAGAUAAUAUGAACUAUUUUUUAAUUUUUUUUUUCAGAUAGAAAUUCAUAUGAUAUUAUCAAUUUGGAGGAAUGGUGAUAUGUGUUUAACCAGAUGAAAUUUAGAAGACACAACACAGAUUGAGUUCCAGAUUAUUUAUUAUUAUUAUACUAUGUUUCUAUUCUAGUUAGGUACUUAGGUUGUAGAUUCAUAGGUUUAGUUAGUUUUAGUAACUGUCCAACGCCAUUUUAUAACACAUUAGUAAAGGAAAAAUAACACAAACAAUGCGUGAACUUACAUUUGGCUCUCAAAAAGAGACUUAUUAUAUUUGGCUCAUUAAAAUUCACCAAAAGAACGCUCAAACUAUGGGACGCCGAAGUGCCAAUUUUUUUUUUUUUGUGUUGUCAUAGAGAAGAGAACAGCAUGACACACAGUCACGCACCAAACCAAAAAGCGGGGAAAAAGGAAGUGUAUUUCCUCCAUUUGACGUGUUGUGAUUUGAUUUCGUAUCGUAUCGUUUUGCUGGCACUGGCACAGGCACAAACAUCCCAUUGGACUCCAUGCAUUUACUCCUAUUUGUAUUUAAUUAUUAAGCUAAGGCCAAAUGAGCGUCACUUUACAUGUCCAGUUGUAAUGACAACAUCGGGGACCGUACUCUACUUCGAUACAUCCGAAAACGGUAACAAACUUGAUGCAAUUUAUACACAAACCCCUAAAAAUUACUACUAAAAUCUCUUAAAGGGGAUUUUUAUUCGAUCAAACAACAAUUAGGCUUCAAAUUGAGUUGUCACUUUACGGUAAAGUGGAAUUAUCAUCAUGUAAGUAAAUGAUGCUUAAAAGGCAAGCAGACACAAACUUCCCACAUUCACUAACCAAAAUACAGAUGCCAAUAUUAUACGGAUUGAUGAUCAAACAAAAAUAAAAAAUUAAGAUCGUCGAUUCAGAAACGUGACAUUGUGGAAUUAAGAAUUUCGUAAAGAAUAAAUGGAUACUAUUACUUUAAUAUAGAUAAGAGAUGACAUUAGUAUCGUUGAUGUUAAAAUCUAAAACUCAAGUAUAGUAGUACUAGUAUGGGAUUUUUUUUUUUUUUUUUUAAAAAAAAAGAAGAAGAGGAAAACCAAGAAGAGGUUGGGUGUCAUUUAAAAAGGAAGCUUGGAACUUGGUACAAGUAUGGGGAAAGGGGGAUUUCAUUCUUUCUGUUUCAGUUACUAGUAGAAUAGGAAAUUGGGUCAAAAACAGAAACCACAAAUUAAAUAGUGGGGUGGGGGAGUAAUAAUGAAAAAAAUGGUCAAUUAAAUUUAUAAAGCCCAAUUUGAUCCCAAAUCGACAAAGCCAAUGAAGGCAACAGCUCCUCCUCCACCUCCACCUCCACCUUCCUCUUCUGUCAAAUCCACCCACCCCAUCCCCACCAAAUCUUCCCGAGCCGCCAAAGCCGAGCAUUUACGCGCCCUCAAGUCCGACCUCAAGUGGCCCACUCAGAAGCCAGCUCUCGUCGAGGUCACUUCCGACGAGGAAGGAUUCAAAGGUGCGUGGUACGUCGCCACCCUCCUCCACUUGCCCUUCUCCAAUUCGCCGACCCAGCCUCUCCGGCGUAAGUACGGUACCAACAGCCAGGCCCACGCGCACCAGGCCUACGUCGAGUACCAUAAUCUCGUCACCGACGAAGGUUCCGACGAGCCGCUGAGAGAGUACGUCGAUGUCGAUCUUAUCCGCCCAUACCCUCCUACCACCCCGCCGGAGGAGCGUUUCCAGAUAGGCGAUGUGGUAGAUGCUUAUGUUAGGGACGGCUGGUGGACGGGUGUCGUCACCGGUGCUAUUGUAAAAAAGAAGAAAGAGCUGGAGAGGUUUAUUGUCAGUUUUCAGAAUCCGCCUGACGAGAUUGAAUUCGGGGUAUCCGAUUUGAGGUUUCAUCACGAAUGGGCCAAUCGGCAAUGGGUCCGACCCGAACGACAGGACUAUUAUUCAGUAAGGGGAAAAAGGUAGAAGUGUCAUUUGACAGGGAAGAUCGUCGUGAUUAUUGGUUCCCAGCUACCAUACUCGAAGAUGCCGGGAAUGGCUGUUACCUAGUGGAACAUGAGAUCCUCAAAAAGGGUACUGAUGGUGUUACAGAACGCGUGAAGGCUACUGUUGAUAGUUUGCAUCUUCGGCCUUGCCCUCCGCAUCUUAAGGAUGCUGUUUUCCAUUUGCUGCAGAAGGUGGAUGCCAAAUAUGAAUUUGCCUGGCGGACUGGUAUGGUUACCAAAGAACUAGGUAACAACUGUUAUCUUGUUUACUUCAAACAAGAUAAGAAGGAGAAGGAAUUCAACAGCACCCAGUUGAGGCUUCACAUGGAAUGGAAAAAUGGGAAUUGGUUUACUUCUCAGGAUCAUCUGGAGCAUUCAGAUCGCCGUAAACUCGCUGGUCCUAUUUGCAUCGAUGUUGCUGGCCCAGAGAUCACUGUCCCAUUUAACAAUUCCAACGAGAAAAUGGCAUUGUCACUUAACCUAAAUGAGGUUGAUUCAUCACAUUCCUAUGAGGAAUUCCCUAGAAGUUCCACUUUUCUUAAAGACAAGACACAGGAGGAUUCAUUUUCUGCUUUGGGUGGUAAGGGGAUAUCCAAAGGAGAAAUUUCUAUCGUAAAUACAGCUAAUGCUGAAACUAUUGAAUCAGUGGAUAAGAUGAACCUUAUUGAGUGUGUCGGCCCAUACCCUGAGACUGCUGGAAAUUUGGAUGGAGAUCGUCCUGAAGGGCAUACUUGGGGCAAGAGCUGUAAGAGAAGACGGCAAAAGACUUCUCAAGAUGAUGCAGUAGGUUCAGAAGGAGGAAAUGGGAGUUCGAAGAAAUUGCACAUUAUUAGUCCUUUGAACCCAGUUAGAGGUAUGGGGGGCAAUGCACUGGGAGAUGCUGCUGAAGUUGUUAAGGAUGGUCGCAUCGCAGUGUCAACAAAUCUACCUGUUGUCCUAGGUUUGGAAUGUGACAAGGGAAGCAAUUCAACUGCAAGAAAAACUUAUCAUCCACAUAGUGAGGAGUUUUUGAGGCAUGUAGGCAUUCGGGGUGGAGUUAUUGAUAACGAACCUCCCCGUAUAAAGGUGAGAGUCUUGAUGAAUAAAAUGGACCCACUUGAACAGGAUGGUGAUCAGUUAGAGGCUAUGAGAGGGAGGGGACGCCCUCUCCUAGGAGAAACAAAAGGUCCUGUGACUUCACCAUCAGGGGACUCUACUAAAGAUGCCUCCAUGGAUGAGUUGCUGGUAAAAAGUUUUUUAACUAGCUGUAACAGUUCUCUUAGGGAUGUGGAAAUUAAGUCCGCAAGUAUAGAUUUUUCGAGUCAGCAAUUUGUGAUAAACGGUGGCGGUAAAAGCAAAAGUAACACUCCGGCCCUACCACCAUUCAGAAAUCUGGGUGAAAACAGUGUUGACGUUCCAAUUAUGGUGGAAGAAAAGCGUUCAUCAAAGAGGGGUAAAAGACGGACAGUCAGCAUAAAUGCCGUCUCACAUGCACCAGUUGGAAAAUUAGAUUCUCCCCAUACAAGUGCUGGGAAAUCAACUGAAUCAAAUAGCACGGCAGAAGAAAUGGAAAUAGUCAGCAGUGAGUUGCCUGCGAAGCCAUUUGAGGAUCAACCUCUUGCAAAGUGGAUUGAAGAGAUGCAUCCCCCAAGAGAUGAUGAUACCUCCAAAGUUCCACCCUCAAGAAAUGUUGAGCAAUCUGCUGCGGCAAGUAAUGGCCUGCCUCAAAUUGUAGAGGAAAGUGGCCUGCCACAAAUUGUGGAGGAUAGUGCCUGCCAACAAGCGACGGAGGAAAGUGGCCAGGUUCAGGCGAUGGAGGAAAGUGGCCAGGCUCAAGAGAUGGAGGAAAGUAGCCAGCCACAAACGAUGGAGGAAAGCAGCCAGUCACGAAUGAUGGAGGAACGUAGCCAGCCACAGGCAAGGGAGGAAGUGGAGGAAAGUGGCUACUCACAGAGGAUGGAGGAAGGUCGCCAGCUACAGGCAAUGGAGGAAAUGAAGGAAAGAAGCUCCCCACAAUCGAUGGAGGAAAGUUGCCAGCCAGAAAUGGAGGAGGAAAGUAGCCAGCCACAAAGAAUUGAUGGAAGUUGCCAGCUACAUGUGGUGGAAGAAAGUCUUGUUGUUGAUAAAGGCACUAAUGUUGGGGAAGAAGUUCAAGCUUUGCCUUUAGUCAACACUUGUUCUGAUAUUGGUGUGAGUGAAGUUCAACCUUUGCCUUCCCUUAAGAACACUUGCAAUAGUGUUGGGAAUGAAGUUCAAGUUUUGCCAUUUGUAAAGAACAACUCAUUGUGGUCAACGCUCGAAUCCAUGGAAGUCUUCAAGAAAUUCCCACAAAAGCCACAUUUUCAGCCUUUGGAAAAAUAUAAAGAGAGUAUGCGGGAAGGGUUAGCGAUAGGGUAUAUGGUUAACUUCAGUAGCAUUGUGGAGAGAACCGCAAAGUUACAGUUUGAUGAUUCGAGGAGCACAAUUGACGACAUAUUGGAUACCCUCUCUGAAUUAGAAGGACAUGGGUUUAACAUUCAGGCUUUGCAAGAUCGCGUAGGGGAGUUGGUGAACAUGCAAGGGAAAGAGAAAAUGCUUCGGGAAGAGUUUGAGCAACUCAAUGAAGAAAUGGAGAAGGAAAUUCUGGAGAGAGAGGAGAUGAACAAGCAGAUAAUGGCGCUACAGGAAAAGCUCUCACAAAUCACGUCAGCUAAGGAGUCAAAGGACUGCAAAAUCGCUUCUCUGCAAUCGAAAAUGGAGGGCAUAAAGGAAAACAUGACAACAAUGGAGUGUGAUUUCGAACGCCCGCUAAUGUAAAGUGUUUUUCUUUUUUUUUGGGGGGGGG